AUGGACGAUACUACCAAACCUUUCUGUCGGCUUUCAAACUCAACCCGAACACUACCAGGAUGUCGCCCCUGCGGCUUGUCCUGGGAUGAAUGCGAGCUGGACCUGCUAGAAAGCGAGAGUGGCCAGAGAAUUAAUAUACACUUCCGGUUGGCCGGGAUGGAGUGGACAUGUGAGCUGAAGCAGAAUCACGGGAAACUGCAGUGCAACCUUCAAGAGCUUGAGGUUCUGCAAUGGAUCGCGGAAGGGAAGACAACAAAAGCCGCCCUCCGUCUCAAAGACUACCACAUCCAGUACACGCCUCAGAGACGUUACAGCUGCGUCUUCCCACACCAAACUUCCAAGUCCCACGAUAUCUUGGAAAUUAUUCCCGGUCUUACAGCGGCUGAACUGUUUGAAGCCGGAGAGCAAGCGGUCCGAGACUCUCUUGUGCUGUUGUGCCCAGUACCAGCGUCCCUCUGCAAAGAGGCGUCUCAUACAGGUGUCAGCGAGGAAGUGUACAAGCUAGCAGCAUAUUGGCCAGCGAGGCAAAUUCUCUGUGCAAACGCAGUGGAGGGCAUUACCGACAUUUGCCCAGUUGCCAUUUGUCGAAACGACCCUGUUCACAAUCGAUGUGUCGUCCUCGAGACCGGCGAGACAAGGCCUGCAGUCCCAACACCAGAGAUCAGGACAAACAUGUUGCUGGAUUCUAUGCAUGGUGGUGUGGGGUACAUUAUCAAGAAUGGAAGAAACAAUCCCCAGUUAGCCCUCCACGACUCCUGGCACGGGAAUGUUCUCUGCGCGACUCAGAGCGCGGUGCUCCAGUGCCAGCACAGAAAAGCCAACGCUCUGCCUACCAGGCUUUAUGACGCCCACGAAGGAAUGACCAAAUACGGAACUCGGCCCGAACACUACCUGGCCUUGUCAUACUGCUGGGAAGAAUGGCCCGAGAACAACAACGACGCGCUGAAGGCGAAGCUCAAGGAGCUAUCCCGGAGACUCUCGGUCCGAUAG